AACGCUCGCGCCUUCGGUUGCGUGGAAACUGAGCGGAAGGUUUCUCCUCGCGCGCGCUCGCGAGUCAUAUUGUCGGGGAUUCUCGACACGCUCGCGAGUCUCCCUCUUUCUCUCUCUCUUCACUUCACCACACACACACACACACACUCUUUCACACACGCGCUUGCGUCUCUCUCUCUCUCUCUCUCUCUCUCUCCUCCAUCACUCACACACACGCGCACACACACGCACAAACGCACAGUCUCUUUCACACGCGCGCUGGUGCGUUUCGUCCUAAAUGAAGUGAAGAUGUAGAGAACUUUCUUUUUGCUCCGGUCACGAGCGCGAGAAAUACAAACACGUGAUUGCGAGACCUCCUCCUGACCCCCUGAAAGGAUUAUGCCCCUAAUUCAUCAUGCCAUUGCCGUCCUAUUGGCUGCUCCGGCACUCCAUGGUCAUGUGCUUGCUCCUACACAGCUUGGUGUUGAUGACCCUGUGCUUCCACCAUGCAGCCACCUCCUGCUCCAAGCAUUGCUACUGCUCCGAGAGCAAUGGUCUAUCUGGGGGCAAGACCAUGCGGUGCAGCAACCUGCGCCUCUCUGAGAUCCCAAGCGACAUCCCGAACGACACACGGCACCUCUACCUUGACUACAACCUGCUGACCAGCAUCCCUGCCAACGCCUUUCAAAAUCUUCCUCUGCUGGCCGAGCUUGAUCUUUCGCACAACGAGCUGGCAGUGCUUGAGCCUGGAGCUUUUCGGGGUCUGGCAGACUCGUUGCUGUUCCUGGACCUGUCCUCCAACCAGCUGACAACACUGGACCCUGAGGCUUUUAAAGGAGUGAAAGCUCGAUCCAAUCUGACCGGCAACCCCUGGCACUGUGACUGCCGGUUACAGACGGUGCUUCCACUCCUCGAUCUGGAGACUGUGUCUCUCACCGGCAUUGUUUGCCAAACAGCAAAACCUGAGGACUCAGGUGCCCAAGGUGUGCCCUUUUUGCUGGCCAAAGACUUGGACCUAUGUGUGGUGCGUAAAAAGACCACAGACGUGGCAAUGCUCGUGACCAUGUUUGGAUGGUUCACGAUGGUCAUCUCCUACCUGGUCUACUAUGUGCGGCAUAAUCAAGAAGAUGCCAGGCGCCACUUGGAGUAUCUCAAGUCUCUGCCAAGCAAGCAGGGCAAGUCUGAGGAGUCUUCCACCAUUAGCACUGUCGUUUGACAGCAGACCAUCGCUAAAUGGGGAAGCUUCAUAGGCAAGCAAAGGCAAUUGAGACUCUCAAAAGUCUAGCCUGGUACAAGACCCAGUAACCAGAUGACCAUCUCAGGCUUGAGUUGAAUUGGUUGACUGCUGCAGCCCUCCGUAUCAUCACAAAGCGAAUGGAACCAGCCUUGGAAAACAAACAGCAGUCCGAAUAAUCCUGCUGCAAGUCUUCAAUUGCAGGCUGCAAGGCAAAGACAAAACCUCCUCAGGGAACCUACAUGCCAGCAUAGCAAGAGAAUCGCAGGGGUCAUCUAAUCUUAUCUCAAUAAAUAAUUGAUCCUGGACCAGCCAAGCUCAAAGUCUGCCCAGGCUGAGUGGUUUGUCUGUUUUGAAUGCAUUUGAAGGAGGACUUUUUACUUUCCACUACAUUCCUAUGGUUAUAUUUUUUAAGGCUUCCCAUUUAUUUACAGGAGCAUGUAGCAUUAAGAAAGCACUCUCUUCCAUUAUGGUAUUAAAACAUGAAAGAUUUUGAGGGUGUAUCUAUUCAGACUACAUUCAAUUGUAGAACCGAGCCAUGCAUUAAUGUACACAUCAGUCUUUUUUAGGAUUCGGAAAUAAAUGCUUAGUAAAAGUCA